GUAAUUUUUAAGAAAGGGGUCAGAGGUAAAUACGAGGGCAAGAAUGUUGAGGAGGAGCUCUCCAAAACACAAUCUGCCAAGUUACCGAUUGAGGUGCACGCAGAGACUGGCACCCCCGUAGGCAAAAACGGAAAAAAAUUCAACAAUAUGGCCAAAUGGAUGACUCGGACGUCUAUCCCCAUUAAUAAAUUCAAAUGGGAAGAUGUCAGUAGAGCUGACAUCAACGCACUCUGGGAUAGACUUGAGGUAUGCCUUAAUAAUUUUUUUAAUUUCUAAAUUACUAUACUCUUAUUAAAUUGUAAUUAAUGUAUUAAUGUGUAACUUUUUGCAGACCAAGUUUGUCCUCCCACGAGAUAACCCUACAUUCGUAGACUACGGUGAGUACGAGAUGUCAAAGGGUUUACGUGACUGGAGGGCAGACUGCAAGAAGAAGUGGAUACAAAACAUUGAGGAGCUUGGACAGGAGAGGGCCGACAUGUCACCUCCUGAGGGAGUAACUCAAGAGGUGUGGAGUGACUGCAUCGCUUAUUGGAGCACAGACAAACAAAAGGUACAUUUUUUAAAAUUUCUAAUUUUGGUAAUGUUUAAUUUAUAUAGUCAAUAAUAAAUAAUUAAUUGUUAGAAAAAUUAUUAAUUUCAGGCGAGAGGAGCGAAAAAUAAAGAAAGUCGGGGUAAGAUGAAAUUUCUAGGAGGCUGGGGCUCCAAGCCUAUUGUUUCACAUGUUGUCGAGGGGGCUAACCCCGACACAGGAGAACUGCCAACUGCGGUGGAAACUUUUCAAAAGUUUCACCAUAAAGGCAACGAUUGGCGCAACGAGUUCGCGCAACAAGCUUACGAGCAAAUGGUUGAAAUAGCGGCAACUCAACCAGCGCCCACUGAAGAUGAGCCCGAAGAGCCUGCUGUCGAUCCUACACAGUACCCCCGAGACUUACCUGUUAUGACGCAAGUACUCGGGGAACGAUCUCGGCAUCUUAGAGGCUUUGGCCAUCUCCCCAGACUGAAGGGAGUUGGGGCCAAAAGAGCACCUUCCACGCAUCCUUCAGCCCAACCGACUGUUACAAUGGAACAGUACGAGGCUUUACAGAAAAAAGUGGAGGAAGCGGAGCAGACAACUCAACAUACGCGGCAGCAGUAUGAGACACAACAACUCUACCUCAGACGAUUCCAAGAUCAGUUUGAGUAUCUUUCUCGAGCUGUGCCGGGUUUCAACUUGCCUCCCAUGGAUCUUCCACCAUUGCCCACUCUUGGUGCUGGAUCGUCGGCUGCUGCUGCUGCUGGAUCGUCAUCGCAGCCUCCCGAGACUCAGAGAAACAACGAUGACGACAUUACCCGCCUAUAGAACUGUACUUUUUUUAUUAUCCGGUUCGAACAUUUAACAUUUUGUUUAUAUACUGAUUUUAGUAGUAAUUAAUGUUGGUUUAUCUUUUAAUGUAAAUUAUGUUGGUUUAUUUUGUUAAUAUAAUAUUAUAAUUAUUUAAAAAAAAUUUAAUUAAUUAUAUUUAAUUAAUUAAUAUUUUAAUUAAUUAAAUAUAAUUAAUUACAUUUUUUA